UUACACUAAAAACGUCAACGAGAUAUUUUGAGCUUAAAUUUUUAACCAAAACUUGAAAGAAAGACUAUAUAUAGCUAUAGAAAUGCAUCCCAGAAGCAUUUAUAAAGACAAUCCUCCUGAUUUUAAGGAGCUGGCUAUUAAAUAUCCGUUUUUUAGGCAAUAUUGUCGUGAAAAUACAAGCGGAGCUGUGAUCAUUGACUUCAAAGACCCUGCUGCUUUGAGAGCUUUGACGUGUGCUUUGCUGGAAAAUGAUUUUGGUUUAGAGAUUGAAAUUCCUUUGGAUCGGCUCAUUCCUACGGUACCACUACGACUGAAUUAUAUCCUCUGGGUGGAAGACUUGGUUGGGUGUCUGCCUGGUAGAGACACACAAACAGAUGUCAUUGGUGUAGACAUUGGUACUGGUUCAUCCUGUAUUUAUCCUCUUCUUGGUGCUAAAUUAAAUGACUGGAAAUUCCUUGCUACUGAAGUAGAUGAAUCAUCUCUGAAAUAUGCCGAGAAUAACAUCAAGCAAAAUGGACUAACAGACAAAAUAACAGUCCAACAAGUCAGUCCUGGCAGUUACUUACACAAGCCUCUGGCAGAUGCCAAUCAUCAACAAGUGACGUUCUGCAUGUGUAACCCUCCUUUUUUCUCCAGCGAAGACGAGGCUGCUUUUGGUUCAGCCAGGACAGACAAACGUGCCCUCCCGGUGUCUGUCAAUACUGGUAGCAAAACAGAGACUGUCACUAGUGGGGGUGAGGUGGAAUUUGUUAAACAAAUCAUUGAUGAUAGUUUACAACUGCAGGAAAAAGUCAGUUGGUACACAACUAUGGUUGGUAAAAAGACAAGCAUGAAGUCUGUUUUGGCAUACUUACAAGAGAGAAAAGUACCCAAUGUAACCACCACUACAUUCAAUCAGGGGAAAACCACUAGAUGGGGCGUGGCCUGGACAUUCUUACAAAACAUUUCUGUUGGUGCAGUUAGUCCUCCACCAGCAAAACGACCCAGAAAACAAAGCAAACCAUUAUCAUUCAUUGUCCCUGAUGAAUGUGCUGUACUGAAGUGUGAUGAUGGGGAUCCCAUAUUUGAACAAGUAAUCAAGCUUAUCAAAGCUAUUCUUAUGGAUUUAAAGAUCGUUAUUGAGGAACACCAAUCACAUGAGAAAGUCUGUUCCUAUCGAURUUCAGCUAGUCAAAUCACCUGGACUCAUCAAAGGAAAAAACGACGACAACUUCAAAGACUUGCAAACACUGCUUCAUUGAAUAAAAACAAGCUAAAAGAUGAGGAAAAUCAGGAAAUAAAAUCUGAUAGAAAAAGUACGCAAAAUCUGAUAGAAAAUGUUUGCAGUUCUGGAACAUCACAUGAAAUGAAAACAGCAUUUGAGAAUGAUGAGCAAAGCAGGAAUUCUUCCGAAUCAAUUAAAAGUACUGACAACAGCAACUUAAAUCAAAUAAUUUUAUCUAGGAACCAAAGGAACUUUGAUGAACAAGGAUUAGAGAAUGAAAAAGGAGAUAAUUUACAAUCUGAUGAUACCGAUUCUGGUGAUGCUAUGAAGACCUCUUUAUGCUCAUUUUGGGUUCGUUUAUUAAGAACAAAUGCCGAGGCAAAGGAGCAGAACAUAGUGGAGGUUGAAUGUAUACAAGCAAACAACAAGAAUGAUGUGUAUCAGUUGUAUCAAUAUUUACAAAACAAAAUUCUCAAAGGAAAAUAGUCAUUCAUGCAAUUUAUGAUAAUAAUUACGUAAUAAGUGAAUUGAAGGCAUCUUGGAUGGUUCAGGAAAGCAAAAUAACUGUAAACAAGUGUAUAAUAACGUAUUUGAAUAAUAUUUUUUUUAAAACAUACAUAAAAAUGAAAACUUUAAUCUUACAAUAAUUAUUACAAGCAAACACCUCAGAAAUGCAGUAAAAAUUAAAAAUAAUUAACAUGAAUAUAAAAUUAUUAUCAUCACUGGAUUUUUUUCUUACAUUACUUCUUACUUAUCAUUAAUUAGAUUUAUCUUGUAAUGAACAAGGAGCUUGCGAGUUGGAAUGGAGAGAGAAAUAUAUUCCUAGAGGCCUGGGUCUAUAUGUUAAUGAGUUGUAUAUAAGCUGUGCCAAGGUAUUAUGUAAUCAGUGUGGUCCAAGCUCAGUUGUAAUUAUAUAGUACAGUAUUAUUUAUAGUUUUCAUACAAUUGCACAUGUUCAUUACCACUGUAGUUAAGUCUACUCUAUGAUUAAAGGUGUGGAUUUUGAAGCCUGGACCCAUCUAGGCAAUUA